GAAGUUGGUGGUGACGAAGGAGAAGGAGAAGAAGGUCGGGCUCUACACCAUCUACGUCAACCCCGCCAACACCUCCCACUUCGCCGUCGGCGGCAGAGACCAGUUCGUCAGGAUUUACGACCAGCGGAAAAUCGACGAGAACGAGAACAACGGGGUCCUGAAAAAGUUCUGCCCUCACCACCUGGUGAACAGCGAGUCCAAAGCCAACAUCACGUGCCUGGUGUACAGCCACGACGGCUCCGAGCUGCUGGCGAGUUACAACGACGAGGACAUUUACCUCUUCGACUCGGGGCACGGCGACGGCGCCCAGUACAGCAAACGCUACAAGGGGCACCGCAACAACGCCACGGGUGGGGCGCCCGGGGGGGCAGAGACACCCCAAAAACCGCGGGGAUGUGUGGGGGAGGGGCCCCCGAAA